UCAGACAGAGAAGUGAAGAGCCGCCGCGUGUCCAUCAGGGACCAUCCUGCAAACCUCACCUUCACAGUGACCUUGGAGAACCUCAGAGAGGAUGAUGCAGGAACGUAUCAGUGUGGGAUCGAUACAUCCUGGUUAGGAAAUUUUGGAGAUCCCACCUUCCCCGUUGAGGUGUCUGUGACCCCAGCCACGUCGCCGGCCCCACCCGCAAACAGCAUUGUAACCCAGAUCUCAACCAUCGCAGAUGGAGUCACGACCACGCCCUCCUCAUCCUCGUCCACUGUCUCUGUCGCCAUGGGAGCCACACACAGUGCAAGCAGCCAGGAGGAGCUCCAGCAGCGCCAAGGCCUGGGGCUCCAAGUACUCCUCUCCUUGUUGGCACUGCUGCUGCUUCUGCUGGGGGGAAGCUUGCUCCUGGCCUGGAGGAUGCUUCGCAAGCGGGUCAAAGCUGGUGAGCAUCCAGAGCCACUCCAGACCCCUAGUCAGGUAAGACAGGCAGGAGGUGUGUGGGGUGCCGGCGAGGGGGGAACAGAGGACGUGGGGGGCUUCAACCGUCCCACUGGCCAGUGGAAGUCUGAGUGCAUUGUCGAUGGAUGGACUGGGGACCGGCGCUUCCUCUGUCUCUUCCUGAGCCUCCGGACUCUCUCUCUGCAGAAGGGUUCUCCGGAAGAGCUUCACUACUCCACGGUGGCAUUCGACUCCCAGAGUCCGGACUCUAAGGCCAACAGGAUUCACUCCCAGAAGACCCUGGAACGGGAGCCAGAGUACAGCGUGAUUAAGCAGACCUAAGCCUGUGUCUCCGGCCCCACCAGCUGGCGGUCUCCGUGGGCCCCAGGCCCCCGACCCCUCACCCGUGUCCCCCUCAGCCUGCCCCCCUCGACGGUCACCAGCAAGGCAGCUGGGCUCUCGCAGGCUGUCCCUUUUGUGCCAUCAGCUUGACUGGCUUCACUGGGGAGGAGCGGGAAUGGGGCUCCGGUGGGGACCUGCACCCCGCUCCCUCCGUCCGUCCCUCACCCAGCUCCUGGCACAUCCUUCCUCUUUGUUUCAUUCUGGUUGUGUGUGGAGCGCAGAGGCUCAGUCCUGUGUGGCUCCAGGAAAAGAGGUGGCCCAUGUAGGCUGGUACCCGUGAAUACCUUCUAAAUCACAGCCCCGUGGAUGUGUAGGACUGCCGCGGCUGAGGGGCACUGGCAGAGAGGCGGGGAGAAGGCAAAGGCCCUGAGGGUCAAGUCCCCCUGGUCUCACAGACAAGGACCCUGAGGCCCAGAGGGAACACAAACUGGCCCAAAGCUCCAGGACCAGGGCAUGUUUCUCUGGACUCUUGGAUAACGUUAUUUUUAAUAUUAAGACCUAUCAAUAAAAUGUAAAGUCUCUUAAGAGAAGGAAAAAGUUAUUUAAA